AUGAGCGAUGCUGAGGUUGAAAACCAACCUGCAACUAAGGAAGGCCAUGACGGCUUCCACGGGCAUCCAGGACCUGGAAGAGGCCAGGAACGUCGAGUCGACACGGUGAAUGAAUCCCCCAAAGCCACUGAAUUCAACGCGAACCGUCAUUCCGCAUCCGAAAGCACGGCAAAUGGAGCCCCGAUGAACGGCGCUUCUCAUAGAGCCACAUCCAACGCACAAUGUGACAUUUCCAACCGGGUCGGCUCCCCCUCCCCCCACAGCAGCACGACAGGGUCCCGGCCGACGGUCGAGCCGAUCGCCAUCUGCGGCAUGGCCAUGCGACUCCCAGGCGGCAUCACUGACGCUGCGGGCUUCUGGGACAUGCUAUACAAUGGACGAAGCGGUCGGUGCAAGGUUCCCGAGGACCGUUACAAUGCCGAGACGUGGUACGGGCCCGGCAAGAUUGGACAUACGGCCAGCAAGUUCGGCUACUUCCUCGAUAACGUCGACCUGGCCAACAUGGACUCUUCCUUUUGGACCAUGACAAAAAAGGAAAUUGGGGCCAUGGACCCACAGCAGCGGCUUACUCUUGAGGUUGUCUAUGAGUGCCUGCAGAGCGCCGGGCAGAAAUCGGAAGAACUGCGAGGGAAGAAGGUUGGCGUCUUCAUCGGCACUUUCGAAGGCGACUGGCUGGAGCUCGACAGCCGCGAUCCUCAGCAUCAUCACAUGUACCGCCUAACGGGCUACGGCGACUACAUGUCGGCGAACCGCAUCAGCUACGAGUUCGACUUUGUGGCACUGCACGACGCGUGCCACUCCAUACUCACUGAAGAGUGCGAAUCGGCCGUCGUGGCGUGCGCCAAUAUCAUUUGCUCUCCCCGGACCACCACGACCAUGCAGGAGCAGGGUGUCAUGUCGCCGAGCGGCCUCUGCAAGACCUUUGACGCCGACGCCGACGGCUACGCCCGCGGAGAGGCAGUCUCGGCCAUCUACGUCAAGAAACUCAGCGACGCCAUACGAGAUGGCGAUCCGAUCCGGUCCGUAAUCCGUUCGACCGCUAUUAAUGCCGGCGGCAAGUCCUCGACGCUGACGGCACCCAAAGCGGCUGCUCACGAGGCGCUCAUCCGCCGCGCCCAUCAGCUGGCUGGCAUUUCCGACUUUUCCAAGACGGCCAUGAUUGAAUGCCACGGGACGGGAACCGCUGUCGGGGACCCAAUCGAGACCCAGGCUGUGGCCAACAUAUUUGGCGACUAUGGAAUAUACAUAGGAUCUAUGACGUUAGCCCUAGAGAACGAGAUAAUCCCGCCCAAUCUUAACUUCACCACACCGAACCCCAAGAAACCUCGGCCAUGGCCCAAAGACCGAGACCACGUCGUGGGAGUCAAUAGUUUCGGAAUAGGGGGCUCCAAUGCUCACGUUCUGCUCUCAUCCGCUUCCUCGUUCGGUUGUGGAAACGGAAAAGUGUCGGGACAGCAGCAAGGGAACGUGGAAGAGACCUAUGAUGCGAGCCCUCGCUUGCGCCUGCUCCUCUUCUCUGCAAAACACCCCAAGGCGUUGCAGACAAUGUUGUCACAGCACCAAGCCUACCAUCUCUCCCACCCGUCACUGUUGCCUGACAUGAGCUUCUCGCUAGCCCUGAAACGCGAUGUCUUUAACCACCGGGCCUUCUGCGUGACUGAUGGCGUGGAUGAUUGGGCGCCGGUCGUUUCGCCCCGGCCAGCCGCUCGCGACCCUUCGAAGCUCAUCUUCGUCUUCAGCGGGCAGGGAGCCCAGUGGGCGCGGAUGGGCGCGGCGCUGAUCAGGCAAGUCCCCGAGUUCAGACAGAGUCUCCGGGACCUGGACGAGUUCCUGCACAUGCUUCCGGAUGGACCGGACUGGAAUCUAAUUGGCAAGUCAAGAAACCAAACAAGCACAGUCUAUGGGUUGACUACACACGAGCUGCUUGCCCCUAAGAGCCGCAGUCGCAUCUCCUCGGCCGAGCUGUCACAGCCCUGCUGCACGGCCAUCCAGCUGGCGCUGGUGGACCUCUUGGCAAGUUACAAUGUCAAGCCGGGCGCCGUUGUCGGUCACUCGAGCGGUGAGAUCGCGGCGGCGUACGCCAGCGGCGCUAUAAGAGCGAAACAGGCCAUCGCCAUCGCGUACUACCGAGGCAAAGCCAUGCUCGCCCUGGAUCCGGCCAAGACGCACGGCGGCAUGGCCGCCGUGGGCCUCGGACGCGAUAAGGUCGAGCUGUACCUCAGCAACGGCGUCAUGAUCGGCUGCGAGAACAGUCCCGAGAGCACAACCCUCACCGGAGAAAAGAAAGCACUCGAACGGGUCAUACAGCAGAUUAGGGAGACGAGCCCGGACGUCUUGGUUCCACCGCUAUAUGAGGAGCUGCUCGGCGGUGACAUGACGAAUGCAAAAGACCCCAUCAUACCUUUCUACUCCAGCGUGUUCUGCAAGUCCGUCAAGAGCGGCCGAGAGCUAGGGCCGGAGUACUGGGUCGACAACCUCGUCUUGCCCGUGAGGUUCUCUACCGCCGUCGGCCAGAUCAUCCAGGAACCAGGACACAAGACAUUCGUCGAGAUCGGUCCGCACGCGGCUCUGGCCGGUCCGAUGCGGCAGAUGAUAGCAAAGUCUGCCAAGCCUGCCGACGAUGAAUACAUGAGCGUGCUAACGCGUGGGAACGACUCGCACGCUGACCUGCUCCAUGCAGUUGGUCAACUCUGGUCCACCAACCAGCCCGUCCAUCUCGAUCCCAUCGUUGGCGAGGGAGAGUUUCUCGUCGACCUCCCGCUGUACCCUUGGCACUACGAGGAGGCUCUCUGGUAUGAGAGCCGUCUGGCUCGGGAGUGGCGCCGCCGCCAGUUCCCACACCACGACGUCCUGGGCUCGAGGAUUCUGGAGAGCACCGAUUCCAGCCCAGGCUGGCGUAAUCUGCUACGGCCCGAGACGGUGCCCUGGAUCAAGGAGCACGAGGUUGCUGGCGAUAUUGUCUUCCCUGGCGUGGGAUACGUCACGAUGGCGGGCGAGGCCAUGCGGCAACUCACGGCCUCUACCGACUUCACGGUUCGGUGCGUGCACAUCAAGGCGGCCCUCAUCCUGCUGCAGGAUACAGCGACCGAGGUCAUCACACAGCUACAGCGAGUGCCGCUGACGAGCUCGGCCGACUCGGCUUGGUACAACUUCACCAUCUCCAGCUACCAGAACGGUGGGUGGCAGAAGCACGCCUUCGGACAGGUCUCGGCAGGCUCCGAGCAUCCCCACGACAAGGUCACCGACAUGACGCCGCUGCCACGGGUGGUCUCGCCAAAGGCCUGGUACCGCAAGCUGCGCUUGCUUGGGCUAGAGUACGGGCCCCGGUUUAUGGGCAUGAGGGACAUGACCGCCCAUCCCGUGGAGCCAACGCUGAUGCUGCACAUGACCAAUGACAUGGGUGAUGAUGAGUCCGUCUAUGCCAUCCACCCCGUGACGCUGGAUCUCGUUCCUCAGGCAAUGGCCCCGGCACUAGCCAAUGGUCUGACGAGACGGUUCGAUCGCGUCGCCAUCCCGACGUACAUUGAGGAGAUGUACGUCCGGCCCCCAGCAGCUGCGGAUAUCGUCAUGCAGGUUCACGUCACGGACCGGCGUAAAAACACGCACAUCGGAGACAUGGUCGCCGUAUCUGACGGCGAGGUGGUGAUUUCCGUCAAGGGCUUGCAGGUGUCCGUCAUCAGCGAUGCGGACAAGGACGGCGGCGACGGCCGUCACAUGCAGGACCCUCACGCGGCCGUCGAGCUCGAGUGGAAAGAGGACAUCAACCUGAUGGACAUGACGACGCUCAUCCACCCGGCAGAGGAGGACCAAUACGAUGCUCGCAGGCUCCUCGACAGCUUCUCGGUGCUCUGCAUGCUCGAGGCCGCUGAGCGGCUGUCCGCCGUCCAUGUCAAGCAGUCCAGGCCUCAUCUUGCGCACUUUCGAGAGUGGCUGGAAGGCCUUUGCGGCGAGAUCCGGGCGGGCCACUACGGUAGAGGAACUCUACCUCCUGGAUUCCACACCGACAUGCCACCAUCUCGUCGCACAGAGACGAUGGACACGCUCUACUCGCGGCUCCUGGAGACAAAGGCGCACGCGGCGGCGACGGCCGUCUAUCGCAUUGCCAGCAGCUGCGAGUCCAUCUUCUGCGGCACCACGGACGGGCUAACCGUCCUCCUCGAGGACAACAUCCUCCACCGGCUCUACGACUUCAUGCAGAACACCGAGUACUCGGCGUUCCUCGACCUCAUUGCUCACCGGAAACCCAGCAUGAGGGUGCUGGAGAUCGGCGCGGGUACCGGCGGAACCACGGCCGCCGUCCUGCCCGUCCUCGAGUCCGCCUACGGCGAGCGCAUGUAUCUGUCGUACACGUACACCGAUGUGUCGCCAGGCUUUUUCCCGGCCGCCAAGGAACGAUUCAAGGAGCACGAAGCUGUGCAGUAUGCCGUUCUGGACAUUUCCAAGGACCCGCUGGGGCAGGGUUUCGACCUCGAGAGCUUCGAUCUCAUCAUCGCAUGCAAUGUCCUUCACGCAACACCAAACAUCCACGAAACUCUGUCCAACGUCCGAAAGCUCAUCCAACCUCGGGGCAGACUGCUCCUACAGGAGCUUUCGCCAGAAACCAAAUGGAUCAACUUUGUCAUGGGCGUCCUGCCAGGCUGGUGGCUGGGCGCCGACGACUCGCGUUUCCCGGAACCCUUCAUAGACAGCGCUCGCUGGGAUGUGGAACUUCGUGCGGCAGGCUUUGACGGCGCGGAAGCGGUCGUAUACGACGGCUACCUCAACAACAACAUCAUCGCUACGCCCGCUGCGCUGCAGCCGACGUUGUCGAAGCGAGUCACGCUACUCCAUUCUGGUGAGAUCGGGGCCAUCGGCAGGCAUGACACGGCCGUCGACAAGCUUCACGCGCGGCUCGAGCUCUCGGGCUAUCAGAUUGACCUGCAGGCUUUCAACUAUGACGGCAACGCCGCCGCCGCCCCAUCGCUCUCUCUCCCAGAGGGCCAGGAUGUCGUCGCCGCCCUGGAUCUCGCCGGGCCUUUCUUCCACGACUUGACGGAGCGCCGCCUUGCCGGCUUCCAAGAGCUGGUCCGACAGGCGCGUGACCGCCGCUGCGGCAUCCUCUGGCUCACGGGCACGAGCCAGGCUGGCUGCGUGGACCCGCGCUUCGCACCCGUCAUUGGAGUGGCGCGCGUGCUGCGCACCGAGACGGAUCUCGACUUUGCAACGUUGGAGCUGGAGCUUGACUGCCUGGACAAGGACAGCGGCAGCAGUAUCAGCGCCGUACCCGUCGUGCUGGCCGAGUUCCAGCGCCGCGAAGCCGAUGAGGACAUCACGUCCGAGGCCGAGUGGGCAUGCGUUGGUGGCCGGGUGAUGAUUGGCCGCUACCACUUUGUCGACGUCUACAAAAGGAUGAAGACGGAUGACAACGACAGAGACGACGGAGAAAUAGUGCUCAAGUUGGAGCAGCAUCGACCCGGGCUGGUGAAUACGCUGUUUUGGGAGCGAAGGGCCCAGCCAUCACUUGGGGACAAUGAUGUCAGGAUCCAGGUGAAGGCUGUUGGGCUGAAUUUCAAGGAUGUCCUUAUCUCUCUGGGGGUCAUUACUGAGCUCUAUUCCAUCGGACGUGGCUUGGGUUAUGAGUGCAGCGGCACCGUGACAGCCGUUGGACCCAGCGUCAGCGAGUUCCGCGUUGGCGAUAGGGUCAUGGCCGGCAGCAGCGGCUCCUUCACCACCGUGCUGCAAGCUCCCGAGAACUUGUGCUGCGCUAUUCCGGAUUCCAUGUCUUUUGAGGAGGCCGCAACAAUCAUGGCCGUAUAUUGCACCGCCAUUUACUGUCUUCUCGACGUCAGUCGGCUGACAAAGGGCAUGUCGGUGCUUAUUCAUUCUGCUGCAGGCGGCGUCGGUAUUGCUGCUAUCCAAGUUGCCAAGAUGGUUGGCGCCGUGAUCUACUGCACCGUUAGCAACGAUUCAAAAGCAGAGUUCCUUGUGGACCGCUUCAGCAUCCCGCGCCGUCACAUCUUCAACUCGCGGGACGCGACGUUCCUCCCUGCGGUGCUGGAGGCGACGGAAAGGCGCGGCGUUGACGUUGUGCUCAACUCCCUAGCAGGCGAGCUGUUACACGCGUCGUGGAAGUGCGUGGCCAAGUUCGGCACCUUUGUCGAGAUUGGUCGCCGUGAUCUUGUUGGCCAGGGGCGGCUGGCUAUGGACACGUUUGAGGCGAACCGGUCGUUCGUCGGCUUCGAUCUGCUACGCUUCACGACUGAGCGGCCGCUGACGGUGAAGAGCCUCAUAAGACGCGCCCUUGCUUUUUAUACAGAAGGGCACAUACGCCCCAUCUUUCCAUUGACGACGCUGCCUGCAGCCAAGAUAUCCGAGGCUAUCCGAUUCAUGCAGAAGGGGCAGCAUCUGGGUAAGACCGUUGUAACUAUGCCCGAGAACCACAACGAGCUCGUGUCCGAGAAGCCCCACAGUCCGAUCAUCCUGCGGAAUGAUGCUGCCUAUCUUCUUGUCGGCGGUUUGGGUGGUUUAGGACGCUCCAUCACUACAUGGCUUGCGGAAAGGGGAGCCAGAUAUUUCGUCUUCUUGUCCCGGUCAGCCGCGUCCGUUUCUGAUGACGACCCCUUUGUUCUUGAGCUCAAGGCUUUGGGAUGUACGACAGUGAGAGUAUCGGGUGACGUGGCCAACUACGAGGACGUUUUGCGGGCCAUUGAGGCGGCAGGGAGACCAAUUGCUGGUGUGCUGCAGGCGUCCAUGGUCGUCAGGGACAACAAUCUCAUCGACAUGUCGUGGGACGAAUGGGUCGCUGCGUCCCGGCCCAAGAUCCAGGGCACCUGGAACCUGCACAACGCCUUUGUCCGCGAGCAGGCCCAGCCGCUAGACCUGUUCUUCCUCUUCAGUUCCGCCGGCGCCAUGUCAGGACAUUGGGGCCAGGCCAACUACAAUGCCGGCAACACCUUCCUCGACGCCUUUGUACAGUAUCGUCACUCGCUCGGGCUGCCGGCCAGCGUGCUCAACAUUGGCAUCAUGGGGGACGUGGGCUAUGUCAGCGAGAACAAUGGCCUCCUCGACUCGCUACGGUCCACGUCCCAGUACGUAAUGGAGGAGUCAGCACUGCUGGAGUGCAUCGAGCUUAUGCUUAAGCGGUCCAUUGUCGCUCAAGAAGUGCCCGCGCCGGCCGCCGCCUCUAGUGGCGGCGGUGGUGGUCGUCAUUGGCGCUAUGCGCAACGCUCACAAAUGGGUAUCGGCCUGCGCUCUUUGCUUCCCAUCACGGCGCCUGCCAACCGAACCACUUGGCGUAAAGACCCGCGGUUCCUGGUCUAUCGCAACCUGGAAGAGGCAGGCAGUAGCGCGUCGGGGGCCGCCGGGGCGUUGUCUUCAGACGAGGCGCUGGCUCAGCAGCUGCGGGAGAUCGGGACCAACAUGAUACUGCUGCGGUCGUCCGAGACGGCGGCGCUACUAGCCCGCGCGAUCGGGAAGACGCUGCUCGGCUUCAUGAUGCGGUCCGAGGACGAGCUCGACCUCGACGGGUCGCUAACGUCUAUGGGCAUCGACUCGAUGAUUAGCAUCGAGCUCCGCAACUGGAUCCGCAGACAGCUCGGCGCCGAGGUCACUGUGCUUGAAAUUGUGCGGGCCGCGAGCCUAAAGGACCUGGGCGAGAUUAUACAGAAGAGGCUUGUUGAGAAGUAUAAGGCGCGGGCUAAAUAG